ACAGGGUCUCAGUCAGAGAACAGAUCUAAGUUUACAGAGACUGAGACAGAAGUGGGGACAAGGGACCGUCUGGGACGCCUUGCUUUCCAGUUCUGACUAUUUGUAAAAGUUGUUUUUAUUUUUCUCUGGAGUUGCUGGCUUAAUUUGAUAAAACUAUGAAUGUUCAAAAGUGUGCCAGGUGUGGGUUUGUGGUGUACCCAGCGGAGAAGAUCAAUCUUAUUGGUCAGAAUUGGCACAAAGCAUGUUUUCACUGUGAGGUCUGUAAAAUGGUUCUUACUCCCAAUAAUUUUGUCAGCCAUCAGAAAAGGCCAUACUGUCAAGUGCAUAAUCCAAAGAACAACACUUUCACAAGUGUUUAUGAGACCCCUGUCAACAUCAAUGCCAAGAAGCAAUCUGAAGCAGCCAGUGAGAAUAAAUAUAGAGAAGAAGGGGAGCGUUUCAUGUCCACUUUCCACUAUGACAUGAGAUCAAAAGAAAUGGAGCAAGCUCGUAAGGCCAACCAGCUUGCCAGUCAGCAGCAAGGUUACCAAACUGAAUUUGUGGGCCAACAGUCAUUUUAUUCGGGCAGCGUUACCAGCCAGGAAAUUGUACGUGUGACCCAGGCACAGAAGACCAUUAGCGACGUGGAAUAUAAACGAGGCCAUGAGGCACGUGUGACGCAGUUUACAUCUGUUGCUGACACACCUGAGAUGUUACAUGCCAAGACUGGAGUCUCAUUGGCCAGUGAUGUGAAAUACACAGAAGAAUACGAGCAGUCUAAAGGAAAGGGAAGUUUCCCAGCUAUGAUCACGCCAGGAUAUGAAAUGGCAAAGAAAGCCAAUACACUGGCUAGCAAUGUGGAGUAUAAAAAAGGCCACGAAGAACGAGUGUCAAAAUACACCACUGUGAUGGAUACUCCUGAUGUACUUUUAGCUAAAAAUCAAGGGAAGAUUGCCAGUGAUUAUGUCUACGCUGAGGAAUAUGAACAGCAGAGGGGCAAAGGCAGUUUUCCUGCCCACUUCACUCCCGGAUAUCAGGUGGCUAAAAAAGCAGGCGAGAUGGCCAGCAAAGUGAAAUAUCAACAGAAAUACGAGCAGGAGAUUAAGGGCAAGGCCAGCACUGAUGCUGGUUCUGCAGAGUUUGCUUUGGCCAAAGAGAAUGCAGAGCACUUCAGUCAGCAUGCCUAUACUGAGGAAUAUGAACAGCAAAAGGGCAAGGGCAGCUUUCCUGCUAUGAUUACCCCUGGAUAUAAGAUGGCCAAGAAAGCCCAUGACAUAGCCAGUGAUCUGAAAUAUAAGAAGGAUUUGAACAAGAUGAAGGGAUCUUCUGCAUACCACACUCUGAACACUGACGACAACUUGACUCUGAAGUGUGCAAGCAAAAUCAACAAGCUUGUGAGCGAGGUUGAAUACAAGAAGGACUUUGAGACCACCAAAGGCCACAGCAUCAACUACUGCGAGACGCCACAGUUCAAGAAUGUGUCAAAGAUCGCCAAGUAUACCAGUGAUAAUAAAUACAAGGAGAAUUACACCAAUCACAUGAAGGGGCACUAUGAGGGUGGUGGCAUCGAUAAGAAGACCAUGCAUGCCAUGAACGUCAGAAAGCUUGCCAGUGAUAUUGCCUACAAAUCAGAAUAUGAGCAGGAGAAGCAUGUUCAGAGUGAGUAUAACUAUCCAGCCACCAUCACUCCAUCCUAUCAGUCACAGAAGAAACUGGAGCCGCUCAAAGAUAAAAACUACAGACAGCAUAUCGACAAGCUGAAAUUCAGCCAGGUUACAGACACUCCUGAAAUUGUGCAAGCCAGAAUCAAUGCCCAUCAGCUCAGCGAUCUGAACUAUAAAGCCAACUAUGAGAAGACAAAGACCCAGUACACAUUAUCUCAAGAUACACCAGAACUUAAAAUGGCCAAAGCCAAUGCAGAGCUCGCCAGUGAUAUCAAAUACAAAGAGAACUGGGAGAAGAACAAAUCCAAAGCAUGUGAUAUCGGCCUGGACACACUGACACUCAAAGCUGCCAAAGCCUCUCGAGACCUGGCUAGUGAUAUCAAGUAUAAGGAAGCAUAUGCAAAGAACAAAGACAAAGCCAUUGGAAUGGAUGUGAGUGACUCCAAAACAAUGCACUCCCUUCAGGUGGCCAAGCUUAGCAGUGAGGUCGCUUAUAAAAAGGAUUCUAAGGAGACUCAAUCCAAGUGCCACCUGCCUCUAGACAUGGUGAAUCUGAGUCAUGCUAAGAAGGCUCAGGCCCUGGCCAGUGAUUUGGACUACAGGAAGAAGUUACACGAUUAUACCGUCCUGCCUGAUGACAUGAAAGUCCAGCAAGCUAAGAAAGCCUACCAACUGCAGAGUGAUAACCAAUACCGAUCAGACCUGACCUGGAUGAAAGGAGUCGGAUGGGAGGCUGAUGGUUGCCUGGAUGUAGAACAAGCUAAGAAAGCAAGAGAACUAGUCAGUGAGAAAAAGUACCGCCAGAAGGUGGACAGUGUGAAAUUCACACAAGUGGCAGACACUCCUUCCAUCAUACAUGCUAAGAAGAGCCAGGAGCUGCAGAGUGGGCUGGCAUACAAAGCGGGGACUGAACAGACAAUGCACCAGUACACUAUAAGCAAAGAUGAGCCUCUCUUCAAGCAAGCCAAAGCUAAUGCAGAGCUUCUCAGUGAGAAAUCAUAUAAGAGUAGUUGGGAGGAGCAGAGGGAGAAGGGUUUUGAACUAGGUUUGGACUCACUUUCAAUUCUCGCCGCCAAAACAACAAGAGAUCUCGCCAGUGAUGUGAAGUACAAGCAAGAAUAUGAGAUGACAAAAGGGAAGAUGAUUGGCGUGAAGACUGUUUCAGAUGAUUCUCAGAUGGCCCAUUCAACCAAGGCUACCAAACUCCAGAGUGACCUCAAUUACAAGAAAGAGUACGAGGACACCAAGACCAAAUACAGUGCCUCACUUGAUAUGAUGACCCUCACCCAUGCCAAGAAAGCCCAGGAACUGGCCACUGAGAAAAAUUACAAAACCUUCUUACACGAGUACACCAUCUUGCCCACUGAUAUGAAGGUGGAAUGGGCCAAAAAGGCUUACGGCCUACAGAGUGAUAAAAAGUAUCGCUCUGACCUGAACUGGAUGAAAGGGGUGGGAUGGGAAACCACCGGAUCCCUUGAUAUACAGCAGGCCCGAAAAGCUACAGAUUUAGCCAGCGAGAAAAAAUACAGACAGGAUGUAAGUGCUCUGAAGUUUACCAGCGUGGAGGAUACACCAGAGAUGGUCCAGGCCAAAAUCAGUAGCAAACUGGUUCUUGAUAGAUUAUACAGAGAGAAAGGAGAGAAUGAAAUGCACAAGUACACACUCAUUGGAAAUAUUCCAGAGCAUGUGCAGGCUAAAAUCAAUGCCAUGAACCUCAGUGAGUCACACUACAAAGAGUCCUGGAGAAAGAUCAGAGAUGGUGGCUACAAGUUACGCUUGGAUGCUAUUCCAUUCCAAGCAGCCAAAUCUUCUGCAGAAAUCCUCAGUGAUCAAAAAUACAAGGCACAGUUUGAGAAGACAAAAGGGAAGAUGAUUGGGCUAAAGGGACUAAAGGAUGACAUAAACAUUGCUCACUCUGUGCAUGCCACAGAUAUACAGAGUGAUCUCAAAUACAAAAAGGACUCUUCUAAGGUGCACUCUCAGUUCCAUCUACCAAUGGAUAUGUUGGAUGUGCUCCAUGCUAAGAAGGCUCAGUCUCUAGUCAGCGAUCAGGACUAUAGACUUACAUUGCACAAGUAUACAACACUGCCUGAUGACCUUAAAGUGCAGGCUGCCAAGAGAGCAUAUGAACUGCAGAGUGAGAAAAUCUACCGCUCUGAUCUUAACUACCUUCGUGGUGCGGCCUGGAUUGCUACCGGUGCCCUACAGAUCGAGGGAUCCAAACGAGCCACAGAUCUAAUUAGCGAGAAAAAGUAUCGCCAGCAGCCCUACUCAUUCAAACACACAUCCGUCACGGAUUCUCCAGAUAUUGUGCAUGCUAAGACCAGUAACAAGAUCACUAAUGAGCGCUUGUACAAAGAAAAGGGAGAGAAUUUCAGGCACAACUACACCAUUACUGCCGAGAGACCUGAAAUCACCCAGGCCAAGAUUAACGCUGCUAACUUCAGUGAUGUUAAAUACAAGGAGUCAUGGCAUACACUAAGAGCUCAGGGUUAUAAACUCACCAUGAAGGAUAUCCCCUUCCAGGCUGCCAAAGCCUCCACCAGCAUUGCUAGUGAUGUCCAGUACAAGCACAACCAUGUAUUGGAUAAAGGCAAGCACAUCGGAGCUCGCAGUGUUCAUGAAGAUUCGCAUUUAAUGCACUGCUUAGAGAUGGGCCGUCUGCAGAGUGACCAGCAUUAUCGCAAAGAUGCUGUGUCUGUUAGUGGCCAGUACCAGCUGCCUCUAGACAUGGUGAACCUGGUUCAUGCCAAGAAAGCCCAGGCUUUAGCCAGCGACCAGGAUUACAAGACUCACAUACACUCUUACACAGUCCUACCUGAUGAUAUAAAGGUGCAAUGGGCCAAAAAGGCAUAUGACCUGCAGAGCCAGAAUGUGUACAAAUCAGAUCUGAACUUCAUGAAGGGAGUGGCCUGGGACUCAGUAGGUGCACCCCAGCUGGAGUCUGCAAAGAAAGCUGGAGAGCUCAUUAGUGAUAAGAAGUAUCGUCAACAUCCUGACAGUCUGAAGUUCACUCAAGUUGCUGAUUCACCUGAUAUCAUCCACGCAAAGAACAGCUACAUGCAGUGUAGUGAGAGGAUGUAUAAGUCUGGAGACUCUGACUCUAUGCACAAGUACACAUUACCUCCUGAUCAUCCUGACUUCAUCAGAGCAAAGAUCAACGCUCAACAAAUUAGCGAUAAAGUGUAUAAAAAAUCAGGUGAACAGGUAAUGUCUGCAGGUUACGACCUCAGGUUAGAUGCCAUUCCCUUCCAGACAGCCAAGGCCUCUCGAGAAAUUGCUAGUGAUUUCCGCUACAAGGAGGAAUUUGUCAAAGGCAAAGGCCAGCAGGUGGGCCUCCUCAGCGUUGAGGAUGACCCCAAGAUCAGACACUCACUGGCUAUAGGGAAGCUCCAGAGUGACAACGAGUACAAGAAGCAGUUCCAGGAGACACGCUCUCAGUUUAAGAUCCAUGGCGACCAGCCUGAGUUCCUGCAUGCUAAGAAGAGCCAGGCUCAGCUCAGCAACCUCAACUAUCGCCAACGUCUUCAUGAUUACACCUGUGAUCCUAAUCAGCUCAACGUCAAACACGCUAAACAAGCCUACCAGCUGCAAAGUGAUGUGAACUACAAAUCCGAUUUGAACUGGAUUAAAGGUGUGGGCUGGACCCCACCGGGCUCUCUUAAGGCAGAAAUGGCCCGCCGUGCAGCAGAACUGGGCCUUGCUGAAGGAGUAACCACUGACGAAGCUAUCGCCAAGUAUCAGCAGCUAAUGAUGCUCCAGAGACAGCAGGAGUUCCAAGAGCAAGAGCAAUCCAACACUGAGCAGACGGAGACAACAAAGGAGUUCCAGCAGCCAGGAGUCAAUCCUGAUGCAAUGGAGAUCCUCCAUGUCAAGAGGAAGAAGACAAUUCACACCACAUUCAAGCAGGCCAAGACCACAAAAUCCAUCACGUCACAGUCUGUUGCUUCCCACUCAACCACAAGUCAGUCUAUCACCAACCAGUCCACCAAGAAACAAUCCAUUAUGGGCCAGUCUCAUGCUGAUGAAUCCACCGCAAGACAGAUGAGUGAAAACCGGGCCAUCACAGAUCAAGCUGCUGCGAAGUCAGGAACAAUGUAAUCUGCCAUUUCUGUCUUUCUUUCUAUUGUUUUUUAAAUUUAAUUUAUGAACAUCAUGUAGAUCCUGGUGUUCUUUGACUGUGUUUUCGAUUGAUGCAUGAAUGAAGGAUAUUUAGAUGAAAGACUUGUGUGAAAAAUGAAUGUUGAAGAAGGUUAUAAGUGAAAAGUGAACAUGAAGAUGGUUAAAGUAAGUUCAGACAGUAAAGGAUGGUUAGUUUUCAUUUUAUUAUGGUUUAAUGAAUGUGGUUAUAGUUACGAGAAGAUAUCAAAGAAAGCUACAAAUAUGGACAGAGUAAGUAAAGAAUGGGGUGAACAUUAUUUUCAAGACGUGCUAUUUUAUUAUUACAGUAGAUGGAAUAUUUUUAUUUGCUGGAAAUAUGACAAGCAAGAAUCAAUUGUAAAAUGUCUGAUUACAUUUAUAACAUUUCAUUUGUCCCUCUGGGGAUUCGACAGUUGUCUCUGGUGGUUCUGAAAUUGUUUUAUUGAAGCUACUGGAUAUAAUGUAUGCACAUCAAGCUGCACUUUGCGAAAAAGAACCGCAACUCUGCUAGCAGAGUUAAAUAGCUGAACUGUAAGUAAAUGUGUGAAUUAUGACAAAUAAUAAUAAAAGUUAUUUUAUGUCUAGUACUUGAACACUAGAGGGCAGUCACAGACAGUUUUAUUGUGUCAAGUCAAUAGUUUCUUGUAAUAAACUUGUUUGACAGACAGACAUAGUUAGAUAGAUAGAUAGAUAGAUAGAUAGAUAGAUAGAUAGAUAGAUAGAUAGAUAGAUAGAUAGAUAGGAUAGAUAGAUAGAUAGAUAGAUAGAUAGAUAGAUAGAUAGAUGGAUGGAUGGAUGGAUGGAUGGAUGGAUGGAUGGAUGGAUGACGGUAAAAGCUGUAAAAUAACAUUAUUUCUUCCAGCAGUUUGGAGGAACUGCUCAGCGGGGCCUCACUAUUGCUGGAACAUAAUGAAAAUCAGUUUAAAGAAAUAAAUCAUGUUUAUUUUCUUGCUUUUUCAAUGCAAGUGUUGACCCAUAAUGCCUAAAGCAGAGGUGCUGAACAACUGUUGUGAAGGAACUGGUGAUGGUCGGCCCAUAGGGACACUUGCGAAGGCUGAUACGAGUUCACAGCUGAGUUCUGAGCACUGGGCUUUUGGAAUUGGUUAUGGGAAUCUAGAUGGAAAAACCUUUUCAACAGAAAAAAUAAGGUCUCGUUAUUUCCAUUGCAUAUUAGCAUAUAGAAUAAAAAGAGUUUUCUGGUUAAUGCAUGAUGCAUGUUGCAGUGAUCAUUUUUAUACAGUAUAUCUAGGUUUUCUAAAUACAUUUCUAACAGUUAUUCUUCAAGUGCGGUAAUAAGAUAAACACACAGGAUGACUAAUUAUGACAAUUUUUUGCAAUUAAUGCACAUUUUGCACACGUAUAAAAGCAGGAAUGACAAUAAAGGUUGCCAUUUCUUUAGUCAAAGUUCACUACUGAGGAAAAGUAGAGCCUGACAAAGCUUUGAGUAAUGUGACCAUUUUUCCUAUAGAGACAAAAAUGGCCUGUGAGUCAGGGUUUGUGGUCAAAGUAGCAAUAAAAUCGUCUGUAUGUGCAAGCAUCAUGUCCAGCCUCAGUCCCAUAAGCCCCCUUGUCGCCCAAAUUUCUUUAUGGCUCUCACUGGGCCUUUCAGAGUGAAUUUGUUUUGCUUUUGCUGCUUACUACUGUACAAAUGCCCAAGUGUGAUUAGAAUGAGUCAGUACACAGACCUGGACUGAAUUCUGUUAAUGCAAACCUGAUUGAAAAAGGUUGGCAUUACCUUGAACAGUUCAAAAAGGCAAAUGUGCACUGACGUAUCUGGUGUUCCUCUGAAAUGAAAGCCUUGAUCUGAUCAAGUUUAAACAGAAGUUUUAUGAUCAUUCGUGAUGGAGAUCAAUUGCUAAAUUCAUAACAUAACCAGUGCAACCACUUGGCUCUGUUGUUAGUUUGCUUUUGCAAAGAAUAUUAAUGUGCCAAAGAUCUUAGGAAACACUGCCCUUUGAGUAUAGUUUACACAUGUUGUAAAUUUUAAGUGUACCUUUUAGCUCAUUUUGAAAAGAAAAUACUAGACUCUGUGCAUUUGCUACAGCCAGUGAGUGUGGCACUAGCAGACACACAUAAAAUGUGACAUGGUGGCCGGUCAGUUCCGUCCAGUUUGACGUGAACCUUGUCCGUUUAAAGAGUGCCACAUGGCUUGUAUAAAGAAAGCCCGACUUAAUGAGUUGUAUUCCACUGGAGUAUUGGCUUUCAUGAGUCGGCCUUUCCACAUGGAAAAUAAGGAAAUUCCUGAGUCUUCUGUGCUGCAGCACAAACUGUCAGAAUUAGAUCCGUAGAUGGAAAAAUGAACACAUGCUUGCUGCUUUAGAACCGUAAUGCAACACCAGUGAUAUUUACAGAAGGGCUUCAGAACUAAUGGGUCGCGACCCAAAAAUGGGUCACAGAUCUAUUCUGAUAGAGUUGUGGGGAAAAAACAUAGUUAAAUAUACAUAAAGUGCUACUAACCAUAUAGUGCAUAGUUAGGCUAACAAAAUAAAUAGACACUAAUAACAGAGGAGAAACGCUUCCCAUCUUUUGUUCAUCCAGUCAAAUUCUACAAUAUUUUGCAGUAAAUGCAUGCAGUGAAUUGAACUAGUUCUCCCAAAAAUGAAAAUUCUCUAAUUGUUUACUCACCCUUAUGUCGUUCCAAACCUCACGCUGUUCCAAAACCUGUAUGAGUUUGUUUCUUCUGUUGAACAGAAAAGGAGAUAUUUUGAAGAAUGUUGGUAUCCAAACAAUCACUGGUAGCCACUGACUUCCAUAGUAUGGAAAAAAAAAAUACUACGAAAGUCAAUGGGUUCUCUAUGCUAAACAAUUUUGGUGUGGUAAAAUGGUAAAUCCAUUGUCAAAACCACUCAUUUACUGUCAUGGGAGACAUCAAGGACCACAAAGUGAUGUAACUAAACUUAUACACUUGAUCCACCAGCGCUUCCUUUUGUCUGUUAACAAGCUUGGCUCUUCUUUAAUGUGCCAUGUGUAAUACAUUACAGAUAUCCCAUUUCUUCUAUCUCUCUUUCUCUCACAUUUUUUUUUCUGUGGUCUUUGGCAAGAGGGUUAGAAUAAAUAAGAGAAUGGAAGAGCCAGGGAUUUGCCUCUGGGUGCCAGGGCAGGGUGACCUAAGUGUGAAAAUGAGAACAGGAUGCACUAGAACGGUUGCUAUGACAGGCCUCUGGGAUUCCCAGCAGAGUGAGGUUUUCUUAUGAGUUUUUACUGGACAUGGUUCCAUUGGAAAACCAACCUUUGUAAUGGCCGUUAAUCAUGUGCACAAAUAAAACGUGUAACAUACUUCA